AUGCAUUUCACCUGGGUUUUACUGGCAUUGCUCGCCUCGAUCAGUUUGGCUGAAUCUGAAGGAUCCUCGAAAUCUUCUCCAUCGGCGACGGAAGUGUUGCAACAACUCCCGAAAUGUGCACAAAAUUGUUUGGCCACGGCUGUAGUCAAAUCAAGAUGUCAACCAACAGAUGUUCAAUGCAUCUGUGACAGCGAAGGAGUAAACGAAGCAACCACCAAAUGUGUACAAUUAUCUUGUACCGUUCCUGAAGCACUGGUCACCAAGAACAUCACAUCAAAAGCCUGCAAUUUACCCAUCCGCGACAAAGGACCGCAAUACAUCGCCGCCUCCGUCGCCCUCGGAAGCAUCACCAUCUUCCUCGUCCUCUUGCGCCUCGUCUUCAAACAAUUCUUCUCCGCGACCAAGAGCCUCAGUCUCGAUGACCAAGUCCUCAUUGCCGCACUAGCAAUUCGAGUUACGUGCACUGCCCUCAAUGUCGCUGGCGUCGGCGCACAUGGACUCGGCAAGGACGUUUGGACUCUGCCUCCAGGCGAACUACCCAAGUUUCUGGAAUACUUGUACAUCUUGGAGGUGCUCUACCUAGCAGAGGUAUCACUCAUCAAGCUAGUCCUGUCGCUGUUCUACCUCCAAAUCUUCCCAGGGCCUAUUAUUCGAAAACUACUAUACGGCACGAUCGUGUGCAACAUCCUAUAUGGCGUGGUGCUCUGCACGACUGCCAUUUUCCAGUGCACGCCUGUGAGCUACUUCUGGACUCAAUAUACGGAACUUGACACCACGGGGCGUUGUAUCAACAUCAAUGCGUUUGGGUGGAGCAAUGCGACUAUUAGUGUUGCUUUGGAUAUUUGGAUGAUUGGCAUUCCACUGAGUCAGAUCCCCAAGUUGCAGUUGCAGUGGGUGAAGAAAGUGGGCGUGGCUAUCAUGUUUCUACUGGGCUCUUUCGUCACCAUUGUGUCUAUACUGAGAUUGCAAUCCCUCGUCACAUGGGCCAACUCUACGAACCCGACCUACGAAGAAUGGGACAUUGUCUACUGGUCAACGAUAGAAGUCAACGUCGGAAUGAUUUGCGCAUGUCUCCCGACGAUGCGUCUCAUUCUUGUCCGCAUCUUCCCUCGAGUCCUUGGUGGUACGACCAAGGAUAAUACCGAUGCUCUUGGCUCCAAGGCAGUAGAGGUGCAUGUCAGCCGCUCUAACAGAGUUUCUAUCAAGGAGAUCGGCUUAUCUGACUUUGGGGCGUCACUGGGACGAACCUGGACGCGGAUUGUGCGCUGGUCGUCGCUAUCGGCUGGUAAUUUGGACAUGAUUAUCGCAGGAGACGACAACGAUACCAAAGUGUCAAGAUGUUGA